CUCCUCAACACGUCCGCUGGGAUAAUUUCUCCUCCUUUUCUCCUUCGAGGUCAAAAUUUGUCUGCAAUGGCAGCUGCCACCGAAGGAGACUCCAACUCAUCCUCUCUUACCCGCUCCUAUCGCUGACCCGGCCCACACCGCCGCCGUCGGCGCCGCCUCAACCCCAUUGCUUCCGCGCCUCCCCUACCAACCCUAGUAUAAGACCAUGCUACGCGAAAAAGUCGACGAAUACUUAAGAGUAUUUUGGAAUCUUCUUCCGACAUCGGAUCCUGCUCUGGGAGGUACAAAAGGCGGGAUUUUCUUUUCUUCUGCGUGCUGGAUCUGAAAGGAAUUGUCGAGGAGAGUGAGGAAGAGGAGAAGGGGGGCAGGAUGGGAAGCGCCUGGAGAAACGCGAAGAGGACGCUGGGUUUGAACCUCUGCGUUCACGUCCCCAGACCAAUGGGCGACGAGGAGGGCGACAUGGUUCGCCGCGGUGCGUCCGCCGAGGGGCGGAGGGCCUCCGUCGCCGCGGCGACUGCGUCAUCUUCGCCGCAGUCGUCGAUGAACGCGUCGCAGAUCAUAUCGCGGACGACGUCGACGCCUACGCCAUCCUCCGACGGCCUUCGAAUACCUAAAUCCGGCAGCAGAUCGUCCAAGAGAACAUGUGCUAUUUGUCUUGGAUCCAUGAAAACUGGGCAUGGUCAUGCGCUCUUCACAGCCGAGUGCUCCCACAUGUUUCACUUUCAUUGCAUUACCUCAAACGUCAACCAUGGAAACCUUGUAUGCCCUCUUUGCAAAGCCACUUGGAAGGAAAUUCCAUUUCAAGGUCCAUUAUCUUCUGACCACCCUCGUGGAAGAACCAGAGUAAACCCAGUCAACUGGCCUCAAGAUAAUCAUAUGACCAUUGUGCGGCAGUUUCCUCGUGUAGAUUCUACAAAUAGGCAGCGCCAGCGGUUUCCUUCCUUCUUUCGUGGUUCUGAACCGGACGUCUUUAAUGAUGAUGAGCCUCUAAAUUUGCAAUCUGAAGCCACUGAAGAUUCCCGCCAAGGUUACCUUAACACAGUGGAAAUAAAGACAUAUCCCGAGUUUUCUACGAUUCCACAGUCAGCUUCUUUAGUGGAUUUUUCUGUCCUGGUCCAUUUAAAGGCUCCUCGUUCAACCUCACAAGCGAUUUCAUAUCAGAAUCUUGUAUCAAGUUCUACAAUGCCACAACAUUCUCGUGUUCCUGUUGACCUGGUCACUGUGCUAGAUGUCAGUGGAAGCAUGGCGGGCACAAAGUUGGCGCUUCUCAAGCGUGCCAUGUGUUUCUUGAUUCAAAACCUUGGGCCAUCUGAUCGUCUUUCCGUUGUUGCCUUCGCAUCAACUGCUCACAGACUCUUCCAUUUGCGUCGAAUGUCCGACUCCGGCCGGCAACAAGCUUUGCAGGCUGUCAAUUCUCUGGUGGCCAUUGGUGGGACAAACAUCGCAGAUGGGCUCAGGAAGGGGGUCAAAGUGAUCGAGGAGCGGAAAGCAAAGAAUCCAGUGUGCAGCAUUAUACUUCUUUCCGAUGGUCAGGACACUUAUACUUUUUCCUCAAAUGCUGGAGCAACUUUUGGUGGAGCUCAUGGGCGCUCACAAUUGAACUACAAUUCACUUGUGCCAUCCUCUAUUCUUAAUGGAACGGCAAUACCAGUGCAUACCUUUGGUUUUGGGAAUGACCAUGAUUCUACCGCCAUGCAUGCCAUUGCAGAAACCUCUGGCGGGACAUUUUCCUUUAUAGAAUCAGAAAUAGUAAUUCAGGAUGCUUUUGCUCAAUGCAUUGGUGGGAUUCUGAGUGUGGUACUGCAAGAGAUGCGCUUGGGGAUCGAGUGCGUGCAUCCUGGAGUUCAUCUAGCUCCCAUCAAAUCAGGAAGCUAUAGGAACCAGUUGUUCGACAACGCUCGUGCCGGAUUUAUUUAUGUGGGCGACCUCUAUGCUGAUGAAGAGAGGGACUUUCUAGUUUCUAUAAAUGUCCCAUCUGCCGGAGAGGAUACUGUAUUGCUUAAGAUAACCUGUAGCUACACAGACCCACUUUCAAAAGGCAUUGUUCAUCUGGAGGCUCAAGAAGUGAGAGUUCAGAGACCCAAAGUUGUCCUGUCUCAGACUCCCUCAAUCGAGGUUGACCGCGAGAAGAAUCGGAUCCAGGCUGCAGAAGCAAUGUCAAAUGCCAGGGCUGCCGCCGAGCGAGGUGCCCUGUCUACUGCAGUUUCAAUACUCGAAGAACGUCGAAGAAUACUGUCUGAGUCACUGGCAGCGAAGUUGAAGGAACCACUGUGCAUGUCACUGGAUGCCGAACUGAAGGAGAUGCAAGAGAGGAUGGCAAGCCGGCAGAGAUACGAGGCCUCGGGCCGUGCCUAUGUGCUCUCGGGGCUGAGCUCGCAUUCAUGGCAAAGAGCAACUGCACGCGGUGACUCCACCAAUACUACCAGUCUUGUCCAUUCAUAUCAGACACCGUCGAUGGUCGACAUGUUGCAUCGUUCGCAAACAAUGAGCCCUCCAUCUCGGCGUCGUGUGCCGCCCGUCAAGGCUACAAGGUCCUUCGCUUCUUAGUGAUGGCCAAGCUGAUCGAGGUACCAUUUGCUUGAGGUAAAAAGAAACUAAAAAUUGUUUUAUAGGAGGUGCUGCUGAAUUCAUUAGUAGAUUGGAUACAUGUUUUAGGGAAGGGGUAUUAAUUCUGCCUCUGGUGGUUGGAUACAAUGGAGAGUUGGGUAAAGUACUAGUUUUUUUCUUCUCUUUUUUCAGCAUUGAUUUGGGUAAUGUACAUAAAGGAGAAAGGUAUCCUUUAUGAGGAUGAUGGAUGGUUUGAUUGUAUUGUGCCCCCCAGGAGAAUUCGAAUGUGGUUAUAUUUGAGGGAUUUGUAUGAUGUUUACUAUGAAAUCUGCGAAUGCUUCAAAUCUUCUACUUGGAUGAUGAUUCAUGUAAU